CACCUUCACCCCAAAAUUCCAGUCUAACCCCUGAAAAAAAAAAUGUGGAAACGCCUGAUUCCCUGUAAAUAUCUCCUGAAGCCCCUGAGUAUCUCCUCCUUCGCGCCGUCAACGCUCCUCCUGCAAGAGGGCCCCUGGAUCCUGGAGGCUCCACUGCUGAUUCCACUGACCUCCGACCUCUCAAAAUUCCCAGUCACCCCGCGAAAAUCCCUGCCCCUUCCAAAACCGCCGCAGGCUCCAGAAAAAUCCACCGUACCCCCAGAAAUUCUCGUUAAAAUCGACGGUGUGACCUUCCUGGAGGCUCCAGAGGCGAACGCCAAGCGCCUCCAGAAGCGAAUAGAAAUAAAUACCGAAGAUGGAACUGCUAUUCUCUUCGGUGCACCGUCACCCUCCAGCCCUCAAAAAUCCUCCCUCUGUCGACUGGAGGAUGUUCCCCUGAACGUGAGAUGCCGCGUGUACCUCCAGAUCCUCUCCAGAAUUCUCCAGAGCGAGAAUUCACUGAUCUACCACGAGGAAUUCUCCACCUACUUGUACGACCAGUACCGCUCGACGCGAAACGAACUUCUCCAGGACGUCGUCGACACGAUUUCCAGUCUCCAGGAGGACGAUCUCCUGCUGGAGGGGCUGGCCCUCCUCUCCAAGGAUCGAAUGAGCCCUCCACGCAAUCCCUACCGCGACAAACUCGUCGACGAGUCUCUGACCCGAGUGACGGCUGGAGAAUUCCAGCUGGAGAAGAUAAUAAAACUGAUAAAAACAAUUUCGAAUUAUCACGACAGGAGGUACCGGGAGGCGAUCGAUCUCCUCUGGAGUGGAAUCGAGGCGAAACAGCACGAGAUAACAUCGAGGAAUUUUUUAUCCCUGAUGAAAAUUCUGGAUUAUUUUGGAGAGAGUCAGAAGGUCGUGAAGAUAAUCUGCGAGAAAAAACUCCAGGAAUUCUGGAGGGAGCUCAAUGCCUCGGAGGUAGGGGAGAUUUUGAGGGUCUUCCAGGACUCUCUCUCCUCACCGAUCGUCUUCGAGUGCCUGGAGAAAUGGUCCAGGCGAGGCCUGACCUCUCCAGCUGGAGAGGAGGACGUCAUUAAUUUUGUCAAAGCCCUGAUAUCCACUGGAGUUUACUCCAGCCACUUCGAAACUGCCCUCCAGGAGCUUCUGGAGAAACGGAAAGACCCCAGUCCAGUGCUGGUCUCCAGCAUCAUGACCUACUGUCAGAAUCUCAGAAUCAGGAAUCCAGUGAUUCUGGAGAAUUGCGCAGGUUAUCUAGCGAAAAAGGGGCUGGAGAUUCCGGAGAAUAUUUUGGCGUCGAUUUUUGUUCCCUUCGGAUACCUCAAUUACAACGUGGGGGGCACCUUUUGGAGGGACCUGGAGAAAAUUCUGGAGAAAAAACUCAGCAAAAUGAGUCCUAACGAUGCGAUAAACGUUCUCUUGUCCUGCGCUUAUCUCCAGAAAUUCUCCAUUCAGUUCUCCAGUAAAAUUUUCAAGUCCAGAUUAAUGAGACGGAUUAAAUCGCGGGAGGUCUUGAAGCAGAGGAUGAAGCUGCUGGACAAGUCACUGGCUAUCGAGUAUCAGGAUUAUGUUCAGCACUUUGAGGAGGAUAAACUGGAGAAAUCGGUGGCCCUCAGGUCGAAAUUGCGGAGGGUCUUGAACCUCAUCUACCCGAAAUUGGUGACAAUUUGUGGAGAGGAAGUGAUCAGCAAAUCCGUGGUCAACGAGGGUAGGAGAACUGCAGUCCUGAUUCACUUGCCCGAGGAUUACUGUCGCGGUACUGACGUCCUGAUCGGCCCCAAGGCCAUGAGAAUCAGGCACCUGAGAAAAAUGGGAAUGCAGGUAGUCACCCUUGAUUAUUCCCAAAUCCUCAACUGGUGCGGCGAGGACGAGGGCCUGGAGGAGUACCUGAGGGAGAGAUUCAAAAGACCUGAAGAACCUUUCUGAGGUUUUCCAUUAUCCCUCAACUUCAAUUCUAAAUAUCUCGGUAACGAGUCGCUCCAUGGAAAAAUGAUGUGAGACUUUUUCCUUGGAAAUUUGCCGAGCUACAAAAAAGGUCCCUAGAAUUUUCCCAGAAAAUCACUC